AUGCAAACCCAGUCAUCUUUACAUCGGCUACACCACGGUCGAUUGCGUAUCUGGAUACUCGCCUUUGCGCCUAUACUCAGUCUCGUCCUGCUCUGGACAUGGCUACGAAGACCGAAUUCGCUUUUGCUUGAUCAGUACUUCUCUACAGACGGAAAAGGUGCCGACGACGGCAGCAUCAAUAAUGUUAAGCCAAAACCUAUUCCAGAAAUGGACGAGAUCCUCGUCAUCCUCAAAACUGGCGUGACAGAAUCCUUGAGCAAAGUACCAGUUCACCUUGAAACAACUCUCUCCUCCAUCCCGCACUUUGUCGUCUUUUCAGACUACGAAGAGGAAAUAGCUGGUAUUCGGACGCACGACGUCCUACGCGGAAUCGAUGAAGCCACCAAACGCAAAGUCCCCGAAUUCGAGCUCUACAAUCGUAUUCGUGAGCAUGGACGCGAUGCAUUGACGCCCGCCGAUUAUGGUGAUGACUCUAAUGGGCCCUGGGGUCGUCAAAACAACCCGGGCUGGAGGCUGGAUAAAUGGAAGUUUCUGCCUAUGAUCCCCGCGGCACUGGAUUACAAACCAGAUGCGAAGUGGUUUGUGUUCAUGGAAGCUGAUUCAUAUAUCUUCUGGCCAAAUCUUGUGGAGUGGUUAUCGCAAUUGAAUCACGAACAGGAUUGGUAUCUGGGAUUCCCCAUGCAGAUCGGCAACACGAUUUUUGCGUACGGCGGUUCUGGGUUCGUCGUUUCCAACCCGGCCAUGCGCAAAACGGCGCAGUAUGUCGAGGAACAACCGCAGACGGAGAUCGAUAACUAUACAGCUACGCAAUGGGCGGGCGAUUGUGUAUUGGGUAAAAUGUUUCGUGAUGCUGGCGUAGGACUUCACUGGUCUUGGCCCAUGUUUCAGGAUUCUAGGCUGUGGGAAAUGGAUUAUUUCGCAACUAUUGGUGGUAGGCGUGCGUGGUGUUAUCCGGUUGUGUCGUAUCAUCAUAUGCAGCCUGAUGAUAUUCGGGGGUUGUAUGAGUUUGAAAGCGAAUGGUUUAAAUCAGGCAACUCGAGCACAAAACUGUUAUUAUUCAGCGACAUGUUCUACCGUCUCAUCCUAUCGGACAUCCUCUCUCUGCGCGAUGGAUGGGACAACGCCGCCGACAACGCCAUCACCAACAAAGAGGGCUCGUCGCUCGUACUUACUUUUGAAGAGUGCAGCAACAUAUGUGCCAAUAACAAGAGCUGUCUUUCAUAUCGGUAUCGUGAAAAUGACAAGAAUUGUUAUGUCUCAUCGGCCGUCAAAAGGGGAACAGCAGCCGAGGGCGUGAAAUCGAAUUGGAUGAUUGAUCGGAUACACAAUAAGAUUCGUGAAUAUGGGGAGACGUGUAAGAAUGUUGAGUUUGUAUUAUGA